AUGCCUGCGCGUAAAGCACUCAGCAUCAGGUGCUGGAACGUGCGCACACUACUGGACCGGAACUCGAGCGAGCGCCCGGAGCAACUCACUGCACUGGUCGCAAUGGAGCUGGCGCGCUACCACAUCGAUAUUGCGGCGCUCAGUGAAACUCGGCUCGCUGAGCAAGGUAAGUUACAUGAAGCAGGUGCUGGCUACACAUUUUACUGGGUGGGGAACGUCGCCUCAGCACCACGUGAACAUGGGGUCGGAUUUGCAAUAUCCGAUCGCCUCCAUGGCCAGCUGGUGGGUGAACCAACGUGUAUCAGCGCGCGACUGAUGACUGUUCGCUUACGACUCGGAAGAGGUAAGUUUGCCACCUUUAUAAGCACGUACGGUCCGGCCAUGUGUUAUCCUGAUGACACACGUGAUCAAUUCUACACCCAACUAUCCUCCGUGAUACAGUCUGUGCCGAGGAGCGACCGACUAUUUCUGCUGGGUGAGUUCAACGCGCGCAUUGGGCCUGAUGCAUCAGUGUGGACAGAUGUUAUCGGUGCGCAUGGCAUUGGUUCAGCGAAUGCAAACGGUGACAGGCUGCUCUCACUGUGUGCCACUCACGGCCUGACGAUCACGAACACUCCGUUUGCACUCAGUGCGAGUGAUAUAGCAACUUGGACGCAUCCACGGAGUGGUUACGCUCACCUGCUCGACUAUAUCAUUGUACGUCAGCGUGAUAUGCGUGAAGUGCGCAUGACAUGUGUACUGCGUGGAGCUGAGUGUGGCAUUGAUCACAAGUUGGUUCGGACCAAACUGUACAUAUAUUUUGGUAAAUCGAUGUAUUGCACUCCCGCCGUGAAUCGGCGUAAACUUAACAUUCUGUCCCUCGGUACUGUGGCGAAACGUACUGAGCUGGAGAAGGCGAUGGCUGCACGCCUGUGUGAUGUGGAUUGCAUAGCCACAGUGGGCGACCUGUGGCACCACAUUCGCGAUCAAGUGACAGCUGCUGCCGAGGAGACCAUGGGGCGCGCAAACUGUAAAAGGCCUGAUUGGUUUGAUGACAACAAUGUGACGGUUGACGCAUUGGUGUCAGAGAAGAAUGCAGCAUUUGCUACACAUGCUGCAGACCCCAGCGACUUGAGGAAGAAGAGUCAGUUUCGCAAACUUCGACGGCGACUGACCCGAGAGCUCCGUCGCAUAAAAAAUGCAUGGUGGACGGAGAAGGCGAAGCAGAUGGAAUGCUACGCCGAACGCCGCUGA